CAGCUCUCUCUCUAUGCAACGAGCCUAGGCUUGUCUUCAUUCGCCACAACCCCCGACACGCAGACAGUCUUAGCUGGACCUUCGUCAACGUCUGUUUUCCGUUAGGUCGAUCUUGAUGGACAAAACCUCAUAAUGAAGAAGACUCUGCUUCUUUGUUUUAUUCAUGGUUUCAAGGGCGGCGAGGACACGUUCGGUGUUGAUUAUCAAUUCACCAAGGACCUACGCGAUUUGGUAGGGCAGGCUUUGCCAAAGGUUGAUGUUGAAGUGGCUGUUUAUCCCAAAUAUGAGACUCGUGGGGAUUUGGGCAGUUGUGUGAGUCGCUUCCGCGACUGGCUUCAGAACAAGGUCAUCGAUAUGGAGGUUGCAGCUGGCACGCCGUCGCCAACGAUAGAGCCUUCGGUACGAACCAUACUCGUUGGCCAUUCAAUGGGUGGCAUCGUGGCGGCCGAGAUGCUCAUCGGCUUAGCUUCCGAGAAGCCUAUCUACACAGAAGACGGGAUUCAAAAGCCCGAGAAACCAACUUUCAAUUCCCUCAUGUUUCCCUACAUCCAAGGUGUUCUCGCCUUUGAUACUCCUUAUCUUGGCAUAUCUCCUGGUGUGGUAGCUCACGGCGCAGAGGAUCAGUACCAAAACGCUACACAGGCUGUAGGUGCAAUAUCGCAGCUGAGCGGCCUCGGAGCAUCACUCUGGGGCGCCAAAACAGCAGGCUCUCCUUCAACAUCGCCCGCUCCCCCGAAGAUAGCUGGAGCGUUACCAGCUCCCUCCGCAUCUGGUGGCAAUUCAUGGCAAAAAUGGGGCAAAAUGGCCAUGUACGCUGGUGCAGCUGGAGCGGUAGCAGCUGGGGGUGCUGCAGCAUGGAUGAAACGCGACCAACUGGGCGAAGGUUGGUCUUGGGCGUCGUCGCAUCUCGAAUUCGUUGGAUGCCUUGCUAGAGGAGAAGAAUUGCGCAAACGAGUGGCGUGUCUGCUUCAGUUGCGAGAAGAGUUAGACGUGGGUUUCGCCAACAUAUAUACUCGUCUUGGUAAGGCAGCGCCGUCGAAGCAGAUCAACGUCGUUGGUACCGUAUUGGGGCAGGACAGGACAUUCUGCAACCUUCCCAAGAAGCAGCCCGGAGGGGUGUGGAUAGAAGCCAUCAACAACAAGGCGACGGACGAGGCUGGAGCACAUAUGAAUAUGUUUACGCCGAGAGAAAAUCCUGGGUACAACAAACUGGCACAGGAUGCCACUGAGAUGAUUCGUGGUUGGUUACAGAACAGCUGGUAUGAGACGAGUGCUGAAGAACCACUCCUGUUGGAAGACGCCCCAUUGACUGAGGACGGCCUUUCGCCCGAGACUCGACAGGUCGAAAAAAAUGUUUGACCUGCUGGAUUUCUGUUUCUUUAGAUAUAUCUGCCCCUAGACUAUAUAUGGAUCAUAUCGAGAUAGUUCUUGGUUCCCCAAAGUCUUUCAGUUGUAUGCCAUCCAAUGGAACGCGCCUCUCCUCUUUUCUUUACCGUCUAUAUUCCUUUUAUUGAGCCUUCUGACCGUGGGCUUUCAGAUUUCGCAUGACCUUGCGCCUCUGGCUCAUCAAGUGUGUGUACAGGACGUAAGAUCCUAUGCAGAGUUAGGAUUGCAGUCGCACAUUCGGUCUCUUUUAGCUUACCGGGAACGUAGAUAACCAAGAUGGCGUAAAGUGCCCACUUGUAGAGCUCGUUGGUGUUGCCCGCAGGCUCAGUUGCGAACCAGAUGAGGAUGCAUUCACUGAAUAUACCAAUGGGGUAGAGCACAAAGAAAGUGUUGUAACGCAACCAAGUAAGAAACUUGGGCUGGUAGCCGGACAGCGAGAGAGCGAAGAAGGAAUAGCGGAUAAUCUCGGUGACGGACCAAGCGAUGAGCAUGGACGAAUAAAAGGGCGAGAGGGCGAGGAAGGGAAAGACGUCGACGAUGGCCCAGACGAGCAGGAAACGCGAGGCGACCUGCAUAAGAGUGGUGACAAAGGAAGCGCGAACGACGCCUUCAGGGGACAUUCUAUGUUAAUAUAUACCACAGUGCAAUGUCAAGGAGCAGGGGAAUCAUACCAAGCAUCGAAUGCAGGAUCUCCAACCCAGCCAAAGUCUGUGUCCAUUUUGUAUAUUGGCCAAUAUUAGGAUAUACGUGCUCAGGCCCGUGGGCACUGGCAAGCAUGGCGGUGCGGCCGAGCACAAUAGACCAUUGCACAGCUGAGAUGAAGUUGUAGAAGAUCAGAUA